GACACGCAGGUUAAGGGAUCAGUUAGAAGCAUACAGGUAGGGUAUAGAAGUAGCAGCAUACUGAAUUAGUGUCAAAGUAGAAACUAGAAGCAGACUUAGUGAACACGUUUUUAGCAAAUUUAAACGUCAAGAAGGUUUUUCAUUGACAAGACCAAGACACCAUGAACCCAAAGUUCGCCAUCCUGCUACUGGUGGCAGUAUCUCUAGUUCUGACGACCGAUGCCAAGAGUUACAGAGACAGAACCAAAGUACGACGCCCUGGGCUGGAGGAUGUCAAGAAGCCGGUCUUGAGACCUGAGGCUGUAGGUGUGGCUGAUCCCGCGGCACCUAAAGGGGAAAUGACUGGGAAUAUUCCAGACAAUUCAGAUAUCCAAGGUAAAGUUAGACCAACAAAAGAGAAGAAGAUGAAACGUGAAGAGAAGAAAAUGAAACGUAAAGAUAAAGAUGGUAAAAUGAAGAAAACGAAACCAAACAAGCAAGGCAAAAAAAUGAACAAGAAGAAGGGCAACAAAGCAACUGUUAAUGCACAGCCCAAACAAUCCUAGAGUUUGUCACUGAAUUUGGAUGUUACAAUAUUAAAAUGUAAAUGUCAACUGAAUAUCGCAUUGUUAACAUUUUUAACACAGUAUUUAUAAAGAAUUUUUACAUAUAAUAAAUGGUCAUUCUUUUUA